AUGAAUUUUUUAAUAUUGAUAAAUAAUAUUUAUAAUAACAUAAAACUAAUUAAUACAUCCUCUGAUUCUGGUGUAGAUUCAGAUUCUCAAAUAACAAUAAUAGAAGAACCAAUUUUUAUCCCUAGGAAACCACCUAUAAAAUUAAAAUGUAAGAAAUUAAGUUUUAUACUCAUUGCGGUAUCAAUAUUUAUUCUAUUAAUAAUUUUAAUUUAUCUUUUUAUAAAUCCUAAAAAAUACAUACAAUGA